AUGGAAGACUUUUCAUCGGACUCACAAGAUGAUGAAGAAGACUGUGAAACUGGAUCACAACCAGGACACCCCUUCACCGACAAAACUAAUUUCUAUUGUGGUCAAACAUUUACCGAUAAGAAAGAACUGAAAAUGCUACUAGACGCAGCAGUAACAAGGCAGUCUUUUAACUAUUAUAUGAAGAAGAGCUGUACCAAAUUGAUGAAGGCGAAAUACUUAUCUCGUGGUUGUGGCUACUUGUUACAGGCAAAAAAGUACGACACCUCGGACAGAUUUUGCAUAUACAAGCACAUUAGAAUCGCCAAUGCCUUCUCCCAUGUACACAGUCAUGCACAUCACGAACUUUGCAUGAGGCUCCUUGCUGAAAUUCUUCAAAUAAAUCAACACUGUAGAAAACAUCGUUAUCUAUUCUAUGCCACGGCAAAGGCUUAUUCCUUUGAUGAGUUUAGCAAAAAUUUUACGAGAUUGAAGAAAAAUUGCCCUGAGGCAGCACAUGUCCUUGAAAAUAUGGUUGGUUUUGAAAAAUGGUGUAGAGCACACUUCCCGGGCAAUAGGUACGACGUGAUGACCACAAACAUCAUUGAGUCGCUCAACUCGGUUUUGAUAGAUGAACAAGAGUACCCCGUGUCAUACAUAUUCAAUUUAAUUGGUAGAAAAUUUGGUGAAAAGUUUAGGAAGCGGUAUGCCUUUGUCUAUGGUAAAAAGAACAAAUUUGUGCCUUAUGCAGAAAGGAUCCUAAGGAAUAGUAAGAGUGUGAGCGAUUCGUUGUAUGUGACUAAUCCAAAUAGGGUUCUCGACAAGUAUAUGAUGUUCGGCAACGGCGUUACUGCCAAGGUCAAUAUCUUGGAGAGGAGUUGUUCUUGUCGAAAAUUCGACUUGGUAAAAAUGUCGUGUGAACAUGCGAUGGCAGUUUUACGAGCAAAGUAUGGUGAUGACAUAGGUUAUGGUAACUCCAUCUAG